AUGUACGGCAUGAAUCAGGCCUUUCAUGCCCCCGAUCCGAGUGCGCAGGUGCCGAACCAUCUGCUCGCCCAUGUACACCUGAUAUCCUCGUACCGCUUCCCUACUUUACCGGGUCUCCAAGCUCCCCAGGCGCUCGAGUACCUCAUCAAAGGUCCGCAAAUUGUGCGCGACACGUCCCCCGUCGCGUGGACCUUCCUCUCAGCGCCUCCUCAAGAUGGCACUGUUAUCCUCACAUGGCAGCCCCCGCGCAUGGGGACCAUGUUCGCUUCAGACGGAAUGGUUUGGGCUGAUGCUGAGACCGCAUACGAUAUGAACGUACGCGGAUAUACUCUCCAGGUCCUUGUCCACAACAGUGGCUACCACUACCCUCACGAACCAUAUACCAUGCAUGCGCGCCAUCGUUAUCGAAUUGCUGCAGGUCCUGGUACUAUCGAUCCCAACCUCUGGCUUGUGCAUUACAAGCCCGCAGAUCCACAGAGUAGAAUGCCCGCUUCACAAAUACCCAUUCCACGAGAGGUUCAAGCCCAGAUACAGAUGCGCGCUCAGUUACAGCAAGCCGGACCAUUGAUGCGCAAAGAGUUCAUGCUGGUUGAUCAAGCCAAUUGGCCAAAAGUCGAGUUUGGUCAGCAAGCGAUGAGAGGCCCGCAGCCCUACUACAACCCAAUGCAACCAGGCCGACCAUAUCCUGCGCAACCUCCGCCAGCCAAACGCCAGCGCUUACCAACCCAGCCUCAACCCCGUCAACCCGCUGCAGGCGCGCUAGCACCAGACAACACACUUGAAGAGGAGGAGAAUGCGACACAGGAUGCUUUUGACUUCCUGACACCACGCGAGAUCAGCUUGUCCCGUUACAAGCAGCAUCACGAGUGGAUGGAGGAGAUAUUCUCGUCACCUUACGCCGUUGGGAAGAUAGCGCCAAUCGAUCUGGGCUUAGGCCUUAUGGGCGAGCUCGCUCCGCUUACUGCAGGCAUUUUGGACGUUCCAGGAGCUGAGAAUGUUGAGCCAGGCAAGGAAGACUACCAGAUCAAGAACUACUACAAGCUGGAUGCAGAACAACUCAAAGACUUCGAGAAGCGCGUAUCAGAGUACACAAAGAAUGAGCAAGCUGAGAUUGAAAAGAUGAAGGCCGAUCACGCUAAGAAGGUGGCACAGUUGAAGCGCACUAGAACUUACAUCAAAGCCGAACGACGAUUGCGAGAUCUGUCCCGCUCUACCGAGAGCGAUGGUGACGACGCGAAUCCGGUCGAAGAAGUCGUACAAGAUUUGGAGAAGUCGCUCGGAGUUACAUUCGAUGCGAAGAAGGCGGUCGUCUGCGUGGACAAAGGUGGGUUCAUCGAACCACAAGCACCUUCUCCUCCGAAGGCGCAGAUAAACGGCAAUGGAGCCCAGCAGCACGCAAAUGGUGCAUCAAAUGGCACCAACAACCAGGGAUCAAUGGAGGAGAACUCUGCUGCAAGUCUAUUGGAUCAGUACGGAUCGGGGUCACUUAACGGUACACCCAUUGGCAACAUGUCAUUGCCUAGACUAUCACAGCCACCAAGUCAAUCACAGUCCGCUACCGGUACUCCCAACGCACCCCACGGUAAUAUGAACCAGACAUCGGCAUUUGAUCAGCAAGAUACAAGUCUUGACGUGGGAGCGGAUCUUCUAGAUCUGGAUGUAGAAAUGUCCGGUAUGACGGGCGCAGGAGAGAAGACCGAGGACUGGACGAUGAACAACGAAUCAGGCAGUGCACAACAGCCAGCUGGCGGCGCUCAGCAGUCCAACAUGAACAACCAGCAGCCCACAAACAACGUCGGCGGCAUGCCUUCAUCCAAUAUCGAAGCCGAUGCAGGCAGCAUGUUCGAUACCGCCGAUUUUGGAAGCUUUGAUAACAUCGACAGUGCUGGUGACGCUCUGGCAGACUAUGGACAUGAUGACAACCUCGGUCUGGACCUCGUCGAUGAUUCUGCAUUCGGUGACGCGUUCCACGCGACCGAGAUGCAUCAUGACGAGACUGGUGAAGGCGACCAUGCGUAG